AUGAACUCCAACGCUGGCGUUACAUCACAAGCGUUGACCACUACCCACAGGUCUCCUGGAGAGCUCAAGAAUCAGCUGACUCUCGAAUGCGCCGACGGCAAGACGAUCGUGGUUGAUCGCGAUAUUGCCGAAGUAUGCAGGCUAAUUAAGGAUCGAGUUGGCGAUCGUGGUAAGGAUGCCUUUAAAAAACCCAUCCCGAUCCCUUGCGUCAAUGCCGCCGUUCUCAAGAAAGUGAUCGAAUGGUGCACCCGUCACAGGCAAAAUGGCGUUCGGCCCGAGGACGGCCCCCACCUUUGGCAGGAGAUCGCAGGGGUCGAUAUCUGGGAUCAGGAAUUCGUUCAAGUCGAUCAAGAGAUGCUUUUUGAGAUCUUGCUUGCGGCCGACUACUUGGACAUAGAAGGGUUACUUGAUCUCUGCUUUGAGACGAUCGCCAAUUUGAUGAAGGGAAAGUCACCCAGAGGAAGUCCGAAAGACCUUCAACAUUCAGAAAGAUCUAACUACGGAGGAAGAACAACAGAUACGCGACGAAAAUAG